AUGAGCGCGAUCCUCAGCGCAGACGAUCUCAACGAUUUCAUCUCGCCUGGGGUCGCCUGUAUUAAACCCGUCGAGACCCUUCCGAAGCAGGAAGACUACAAUCCCUACGAAGUGACCACCGAGGACAAAGUCCAGGCGCAAAACCCGGCACCUGCAUCCAUCUCUCUGACCGACUGCCUCGCAUGUUCCGGCUGCGUUACCUCCGCGGAGGCGGUCCUGGUUUCCCUGCAGUCACAUACCGAAGUGCUCAACACUCUUGACUCAUACCCCUCUCUCGACGUCCGGCACCUGAUUGUGCGCCGAGAUGGAGAUGGAGUUGUCAACGGUCACACGCCGCCACCUGCGCAUGCGAAACUCUUUGUAGCCAGCGUGAGCCCGCAGGUCCGGGCAAGUCUGGCGGCGACAUAUGGCAUCUCAGAAAGAAAAGCUGGAUUUAUGAUUGAACAGUUUCUGAGCGGAACCCAGGGUUUGCGGAUAGGAGGCCAGCACAAGAGUGGUUUUACUUAUGUGGUCGACACAAAUCAGUUAAGAGAAGCGUGUCUCGUGCUUGGGGCAGAGGAAGUGGCAGACUCGAUUGCCGACAAGUCAAAGCCAAAGCCGGUCUUGACUUCGGCUUGUCCAGGCUGGAUCUGCUAUGCCGAGAAGACGCAUCCUCAUAUUCUCCCGCACCUGUCGACUUUGAAAUCUCCACAAGCACUCUCGGGCACUCUGUUGAAGUCGGUGCUGAGCAGGACGCUGGGGAUCCAUCCCUCACAGAUCUGGCAUUUGGCCAUAAUGCCGUGCUUUGACAAGAAACUCGAAGCCAGUCGAGAAGAACUUACGGACCGCUGGUGGCAGCCGCCGAAUGCACCGGACACGUCGAGUUCGCCAGUCCGGGAUGUCGACUGCGUUAUCACCUCCCGUGAGCUGCUGUCUCUCGCCGAUGCACGGGGUGUGCAGCUCUCUCAGCUACCAUUACACCCGCUCCCUCCCUCCGACCGUGCUCCUUUCCCCGACUCAAAGAUCGCCACUUUCCUUUUCCCAAAGUCGAGGCGGACAACUGAACAGAACCCGACCGCUGGUUCUUCAGGUGGCUAUCUCUAUCAUAUCAUGGCCACCGAGCAGGCCAAUCAUCCUGGCAGCACGAUCACGGUGCAACGUGGCCGCAACACCGACGUAAUGGAGUUUCUGCUGCUUUCGGCCUCCGGUGAUACUUUAAUGAAGUGUGCGAGGUACUACGGCUUCCGAAACAUCCAGAACCUGGUCCGAAAACUCAAACCGGCGAAGCAAUCAAGACUUCCCGGAGCCGCAAGACGCGCCGCUACAUCUGCAAGUAGUGCAAACGAUCACGCAUACGUCGAAGUCAUGGCCUGCCCCGGCGGAUGUACGAAUGGUGGUGGACAAAUCAAAGUUGAAGACGUCGUUGCCAUCUUACCCCAGACGCGGGGCGAGGAAGUGACAGACACGACCAGUCCCCAGAGCCAGAAGGAAUGGCUGAGGAGAGUUGACGAAGCUUAUUACUCUGCCGAUUCGGAGGAGGAUCUCGACGACUGUGACGGAGAUAGGGUUAUGAUGAAUGGCCUUGCAAGCACUAACGGUGACCACCCUCCAGACGCCGGCAAGCCCAUUGUCAAUGGCAUUGAUGUCCCGGACGUGCGGGAUUUCUUAUGCCACUGGGCCAGCUUGGUAGGCGUGCCUUUGGAGAAACUGGCACACACCACAUUCCGCCAGGUCGAGAGCGACGUAGGCAAGAACAAGGCGAACGGCAAGCUAAGUGAUACAGAACGCAUUGCAAAGAUUGCGGGCUUGAGCGGCGGUGGCUGGUAG